CUUCAUUUAGCAGCCCUGGCUUCAUUGAAGGGAGACAUAGUGGAGCUUAAUAAACGUCUACAACAAACAGAAAGGGAGCGUGACCUGUUGGAAAAGAAAUUGGCAAAAGCACAGUGUGAGCAAUCCCACCUAAUGAGAGAACAUGAAGAUGUGCAGGAGCGAACAACACUACGAUACGAGGAACGAAUCACAGAGCUGCACAGUAUCAUUGCUGAAUUAAAUAAGAAAAUUGAUCGACUACAGGGAACAACAAUAAGGGAGGAAGAUGAAUACUCAGAGCUGCGGUCAGAGCUCAGCCAAAGCCAGCAUGAGGUUAACGAAGACUCGCGCAGCAUGGACCAGAAUUCUGUUUCAGUACCAGAGAAUCAGUCCACCAUGGUCACCGCAGACGUGGAUAACUGUAGUGACUUGAAUUCAGAACUGCAAAGAGUGCUGACAGGUCUGGAAAAUGUUGUCUGCGGGAGGAAGAAAAGCAGCUGCAGUUUAUCAGUAGCAGAAGUGGAUAGACAUAUUGAACAACUCACUACCGCCAGUGAACACUGUGAUUUAGCCAUUAAGACCGUAGAAGAGAUUGAAGGUGUACUGGGACGUGACCUUUAUCCAAAUAUAUCUGAAGAAAGAUCUCGAUGGGAAAAGGAGCUAGCAGGCUUGCGGGAAGAGAAUGAGAGCCUCACAGCCAUGCUGUGUAGCAAAGAGGAGGAACUCAACAGGACCAAGGCCACCAUGAACGCUAUUCGUGAAGAAAGGGACAGACUGCGUAGAAGGGUUCGGGAACUGCAAACCCGUUUGCAAAGCGUACAGGCGACAGGCCCAUCCAGCCCAAGUCGUCUCACUUCUGCCAAUCGACCCAUUAACCCCAGCACGGGAGAGCUGAGCACAAGCAGCAGUAGCAAUGACAUUCCCAUAGCCAAGAUUGCUGAAAGAGUGAAGUUGUCAAAGACAAGAUCAGAGUCUUCAUCAUCUGAUAGACCUGUCUUAGGAUCAGAAAUCAGCAGCAUAGGGGUGUCUAGUACUGUGGCUGAACAUUUGGCACAUUCCCUCCAAGACUGCUCAAACAUCCAGGAAAUCUUCCAGACUCUGUAUUCACAUGGAUCUGCUAUCUCUGAAAGUAAAAUCCGCGAGUUUGAAGUGGAGACAGAGAGAUUGAAUAGCCGUAUCGAGCACUUGAAAUCCCAGAAUGACUUGUUGACCAUAACACUGGAAGAGUGCAAGAGCAAUGCUGAGAGGAUGAGCAUGCUUGUUGGGAAGUACGAGUCCAAUGCCACAGCCCUCAGGCUUGCGCUGCAGUACAGUGAACAGUGCAUAGAAGCAUAUGAGCUGCUGUUGGCAUUGGCAGAAAGUGAGCAGAGUCUUAUUCUUGGGCAAUUCAGAGCUGCAGGUGUUGGUUCUGUCGGGGACCAGACAGGUGAUGAAAACAUCACACAGAUGCUUAAGAGAGCUCAUGACUGCAGGAAGACAGCUGAGAACGCAGCAAAGGCCUUGCUGAUGAAACUAGAUGGGAGCUGUGGGGGAGCCUAUGCAAUCGCUGGCUGUAGCGUGCAGCCCUGGGAAAGCCUGUCAUCCAACAGCCACACAAG